AGCGGUUGCAGUGACAUCCAGGCAAAAACUUGGGGUUUAGACCAUUCGAGGACCAGUGUCGACUAUUUUGCCCAGAAACCUGCACAUCUUCUGUUAUGUCUGUCUCCUCUCUGCCGGAAUGGAAGCAACUCCUGCUGGAGAAAAAGAGGCGAGAGGAGGAGGAGCGGGAAAGGAGAGAAAAAGAAGAGGAGGAGAAGCUUGCCAGCAUGCCUGCCUGGAAGCGAGGGAUCAUCCAGCGGAGGAAGGCAAAGCAGGAUAGUGUUGGUGACAGGGAGAAGGACAGAGACAUGUGUUUCCUGCAGGUGGAUUUCAGAUGUCCCUCUGACACAGACACAGACAGCUCUGUAACGGUGAAUCUGGGAAGUGAACCGUCGCUCAGUCCAGAUCCGGGGCUAUGGUUGGAUGCAGAUCCCAGAUCAGUGAGUCAGGUGUCUGUGGAAACUAUAGUGCCGCUCCAUGAAAACCCAUUUAUCCGCACGCAGACUGCAUGGAGGAAGGGCAAGGAUGCAGAUGUAGGAAACGAGUCCGAGAGGGAGAAAGACAAAUCCAGCCCCAGGGGUCAAGAUGGAGACUCAGGAAGAGGACGAGACAUAGAGCUGAAAAUCGAGAGGUUCAGAGAUUUAACCGACAACAUCAUCAUCAUCGAACAGGACAGGAAGGGUAGUGACGAGAGGAGGGGGAAAUGGAGGGAGGCGGAGAGGGAGAGGCCAGAGGAAGACCACCAGGGGAACAGAGGGAUGAAGAUGAACCUGAGGGAGAUCCUUGCCGGAGGAGGGAGCGUCACCGAGAUCCGAGCCUCUGAGGUUCUGAUCAUAAAGCCCUCGACAACCCCAGAGGAGAGGAGUACAGGAGGAAAAGAGAAAGAGGAUGGAGAGAUGAAGUGCGGCAUGGAUGCAAGAAGGGAGAGUAGGGAGCUCAGGACAGACAUAUCCUGGAUGAGAGAAAAAGAGAAAGAGCCUGGGAAGGAGAAAGAAAGACCCUGGGGCCAGGCGUUAGUUAUUAAAGACAGGAAGGAAAGCCUGGAGGAUAAUGUGUUUGUUGAGAGAGGAGGGAGGGUCAGCCAGCUGCUGAGCAAAUUCGGUCAGCUCCCUAAACCGCCAUCUCGAUCCAAAAGCUCUGAUAACUUCCUCCGGCCUGGGAGGAGAAAAUACUCAGAUGAGGAUGACCAACGAUCUGCGGAGAGGAAGGUGGACGGGAGGAAUAUGCUGUUGAAAGGCAUCCCAAAGCGCUCAUUUAGCUUCUCUGAUCGAGUCAUCUGUGCGAAGGAGAACGGUUUAGAUAACGAAAGGUGUUACGAGUGGAAAAGGCAUGAGAGGACACACUCAGACAAGAUCGUGGCACCAUGGGUAGAUGUAGCAGGUUUAGGGAGGGACGCCACGGCAAAGAUCAAAAUGGGGUGCGCACAUCUGUUAGAUAAAGACAGGUUGGGAAAGCACAAGGAUGGGUGUGUGAAAACAGAUAUAAAAGCAGGAUCCAUGCUGAGGAGGAAUGACGCCGACAUUUCAAUCCAACACAGGAGUGAAGUUAAGAGAGUCGAGCCUAUUGAUAAGUGGGCGGCAGAGAGGUCAGGUAAUGGAGAUGGAGAUGAGGGAUUCACGGUUGCAUCCGUCAAAAACACUGAGGGCAUCUCAUUCGCUAGAAGAGUCCCAAUCCGGCAGGAUGGGAAAGCGAGAGCUGAAAAAGAAGCGAAGCGACUGGCAGGUGAGAAAAGUUUAGAACGAGAGCUGAGUGUAGAGAAAGACCCCGAAGAAAGAGAUGAGGCACAGGUUAGCGACAAAAAGGAUUUUCUACGAGGAGAUGGAAUUGAAAGUGCAAUCCCAGCUGAAACCAUGCAUAGUUACGUCAUGGCCGCAUCAGCAGACACGACGAGUCCAUGCCUCAGUGCGGAGAGUCACUACAGACAUGAAUCAGCAUUUACAGAGUGCUCCAGUCUGCUGUGUACAGUCACAGACAUGGCCAGAGACCCCCACCGAGGGGCAGAGUGGACGGGACCACGAGGACCCUACCUAGCACACUCCGUUUUGUCUCAGCACACAGAGGAGCUCAUCAGUAAAAUAGAAAAAAUAGGGGACACAACUGUUUAUGGCAACGAGAAAGGAGAAAGGCCUUCCAGAGCGGUUCACGAACUGACCAAAGAGUGCAGGAAGGAUGGACAGCAUUACAGCGAUGUUGCAUCAGAGAGCCUCGUCCAGGAUGCAACACCCAGAUCUCCAAAAAGGGUCGCGCCUCCAGGUCCCCUCGAGAUUCAAAUCCCCAGGACUGUGUUUUAUGUCGCCGAAGAAGAAGUGGAGGUAAAGAAGGUGGCGGGUCAAAGCGACGAGGGGCGAGACUGGGAAGGAGGACAAGGGGUCGAGAGGAGGGACAGCUGGAGGAUCGGGAAGCCCCUGAGCCGCAUUGAGUCCCUGCGAGAGAAAAUCAGACAAAAGGAGCUGGAGAGGCUGAGACAGAUGCGGGAUGGAGAGGGGAGCGCGGCUGCAGAGGACAGUGAUACUCCCCCAGCUGGGGACAUGUAUGAUGAGAGGGGAACUGAAAUAGAGCAAGAAUGGGAAGCUGCAGCUCAUAUACGGAAGAAGCUGGUCGACGCAGAUACGGCACAGGAAGACGCAGCAGCGCAGGCAUCCACGGCUGCAUUUGACGUCACGCAGGAAGUGUUGAAAACCUGCCCUCAGCUUCCUGUUUCUGUACCACACUCACAAGCUGCUGGAGGAGAGGAAGUGUCAAGUGAGUGCGACGCUGCUGCCGCCGAAGUUCUCUCCGACGGCUCUCGGAUAUCUGAGGAUGAAGACGAGACCCCGAAACAUGAAGAGGAGCAGCUGAGGUGCCACGGGGGCCGACAAGAGAGCAGAGAAGAGGAGAGAGAGGAGGAGGAAAAGCUGUCAGAGGAGGAGGUAGAGGAAUAUACAACUCCCCUCGAUCCCACACAAGCUCUCUCCCCUUCGCCCCCUCAUCCCAACUCCCUCGCAGCCAUGAGCCGGAUCUACAACUUGGAAACUGUCGGCUCAAGAUCGGGUUUGUGUCUGAGGGAUAGGACUGGUCCAUCGGUGCAUCUUAUAAAAGUGACGCCCCGCAUAUCAAACUCACAACAGGGCGACGGAAGAACAUUACCGGGUGGAGAUGUCUCUGGGGUUCAGACGAUACAGCGGCAGAUAGAGCAGUUUCAGCUGAAGGAGCAGGAAGCCCUGAAUUCAACAAACAGUCUUCUGAGGGACAAAGAGACACAAAGGCAGCAAAGCCCCAGAGCAGUGUUGAAGCAGCAGGUGAAGGACGAAGAGAAGGAUCAGUCUCUACGCGUUUGUUCUCCGACAGCUCAGCUCAAACAAACCAUCACUGUUAACCCCUCAUUUCUCCGGAGCCAAUCCCCAGACACUUCUCUGAAACCCUCUGAUAGCGCCCCAACACCAGCCUCCUCCCCGUGCUCCCCGUCUCCCUCCCAGUCUCCCAGUGUGUCUCCAUCACCCACCCCGUCGCCCACGCUCUUCUCCAUCAGGAGUGCCUCUGGGGUCCAAGUGAAGAGAGGCGCCACCAUUACAAUCAAACCAAAGAGGCCUGUCGGUGCUGGAGGAGGAGGCGAAGGGACGGCCUCCGCACCCUCAACGGGAUCAACGUCGGCUGGGUCAAGUCCUGCAAAGACUCCAUCGCAGAAGGCCCAGACAACCCCCGCUGCGGCUGAGCCGAUAAGGAAGAAAUACCCGACAGCGGAGCAGAUCGUGGUGAUCGGUGGAUAUCUAAAUCUGGAGAAGUCCUGUCUGGUUAAAAACAGAGGGACCCCGAAAAGGGGGAAUGUGUGUUUCAACGAGGAUCGGCUGGAGCAGGUCUGUGAGUACCCGUCAGAGACCUCCUUGAUGGCGUGUGUCCCGCAUCCUUACGACCUGGGGAGGACGGAGAAGCUGCAGGGAGACGAGGCACAGGAGAAGGAAGCCGACGUGGACGGAGAAGCGAUCGUGACCAAAAGUACAAGGAAUGUUGGGACUGCAACAGGACGGGGUCUAAGAGUGGAUGAGUCUUGCGCUCGGUCAUCUUCGCCAAAAUUGCCCUUGUGAUGAGGUCACCGACAUUUUUAUGUGAUUUUUAUCAUGUGUCGUUUCAUUUGAAUAAUUGGCUGUUUUGUAAUGGUGUUUCUUUUCCAUUGUUACUGGCUAUGACAUCAAAAUGAAAGACUGUUGAGUGAGAAAUGUAAAGUUGAUUUUUCCAGAUGUAAAAACAAAUACAUAUUUGUGUCUACUGGGUAAAAUAUGACCUAGUUUA